AUGUUUUUAUCAUUAUCAUCAUUAUCAUCGACUGGAGUUAAAAGUGUUGAAUUGAAUCCGAAUGGAGAAAAUGUUUGUUUGAGAACGGAAACUUAUAAACAGCCGGUUUCUUUUUACAAGGACGUUUACGUACCGGAAGUUGAAUAUAAAUGGUGUUGGGAUGCAAGUUUACAUUUUAGAUGCCCCGUAUCGAAAAUGGUUAAGAAAAAAAUUGAAGAAAAAAAAAUCAUACAGAGGACGAGAUUGGUUCUGGAAUGUUGUGCCGGAUAUAAAAUAGAUCCAAACGAUCGUACGAAAUGUAAACCAUAUUGUAAAAAAUUAUGCAUGUAUGGAAAAUGCAUCGAACCGGAUGUUUGUUCUUGUAAUUAUGGAUAUUAUGGAAUAACAUGCGAUAAAGAAUGCGAAAGUGGUUGGUGGGGUCAAAAUUGUAAAGAAAAAUGCGAUUGUGAAAAUGGCGCCAAAUGUGAAGCAUUUUAUGGUAAAUGUUUUUGUCAAAAUGGCUGGCAAGGAAACAGAUGUCAAUUUCCAUGUUCGGAUGGUUUUUUCGGUUUUCAUUGCAUUGAAAAAUGUAAUUGUCCAAAUGGAUUAUGUCAUCACGUGACUGGAACUUGUUUGUCAACGACGACGACAACGACGGAAACAGAAACGAAUGACGUCACAAUUAAUACAGCAGAAGACGAAAGGAAUUUUUUAAAAAAAACGAUCUCAAAACUCGAUGCAAACGUUUAUAAUUACGAAAAGACAAAUAAUUUUUUAUUAAUACCAGAUGAAACGAAAACGGAAACGGAAAUAACAACAACAACAACCGGAAAAAUGGAAAAAAUUAAUAGUUUAAUUAAUUUUACUGUUUAUGAUUAUCCAGUCGAUUAUUCGUCAUCGACAAGUUAUCAGUUUAAAAAUGACGAAUCCGAAACAGAAUUUCGGUUAAAUGUCAAGGAUGACGUCACAAUUACAAACGCAUCGGAAACGAAUUCGGAUGAGAAAUUAUCAUCGACUUCCGUUUCAACUGAUAAUACGAUCUUAUUAGAAGGAAGUACGGAAAGUUUUUCUUCUUAUUCGAAUAAAGAAAAUGAAACGACAACCGAAGAAGAAUUUGUAGAAUCCACGACCGAAUACGACGAACAAUCAACUGAAGAAACGAUAGAAACAACAAACGUACAACCAGAAGAAUCAACCACGGAAAUAUAUUUUGAAAAUUCAACGACGAGUCAAACAACAAACGCGACGACGAUUGUCGACGAUGAUGUUGUAACCACGAUGAAACCUUUCGUACAAACGAGUGGGAAAGAUCUUGUCGAAAGCAAAACGAAUGAUGAAAAACAAACAACAACAGAGAGUACAGAACAAACGACAACGUCGAAUAUGUUUUCGACAAACUUUGUACAAACGGAUGAAACAGAUGUUAUCGGAAACAAAACGAUCGAUGAGAAACAAACAACAGAAAGUAUAGAACAAACGACAACGUCGAAUAUGUUUAACGGAUUUACACGUGAAUCAUUUUCAAAAAAUUUAACGACAAACAAUUUACAACCGAAACAAAACAACAAUCAAACAACAACCGGUAUAUCGAUAUUAAUAAUAAUUAUCGGUGUCAGGUGGUUGAUGCUCGAUCACAAAAGAAAACUAAAAAAAAUGUCGGUAAAGAAAAACGAAGAAAUUUUCAAUUUGCAAAAAUAUCGGGAAAGUUUAUUUGUCGUUAAUAACCAAUGUAAAAAUUCAAUGUAUUUAUACGAAAUGAAAUUACAAGAGGAUGUUCCUGUUUUGCAAACGUUUAAACCAUUUCCGGAAAAAAUUUUUUGA